UAACUCUGGCACGCACUCUCACACCCUUCUCCCCCCCACCCAGAGUUUUGCAGCAGGCGUUGGUCUAUAAAAGCUGCACCUAGUGGCCGACAAGAGAGCAAAGCACAAACUCUAUCAGCAAGCAACUUACAGGCAUUCCAGCACCAACACAGUCAGACACAGACUAGUGCAGGACUGUCAUACGCAACACACCGUCUUCCUGGGAUAUGAACACUCUCGUCAUCAUUUCUCUGCUGUGCAUCGUUGUCUGCAGCGCUCUGGGUGCUCAGGGAUCUGAGGACACAUUUUCAGGUGAAUUAGCCAGAAUCACGGCCGGUCCAACCUCCGGGGAGGGACACCUUCCUUCACUGAACGACGAUGAUGAGUUGGAAGUAGACGAAGAGCUUUCAGGAGGAGACAACGAAAAUGUGAUCCUCCAUGGGCUGCAUGCUAAUAAAGAUGAGAGAAGGAAAAGGAGGGGGAAAGGCAAGAAGAAGAACAGGCAGAAGAGCAAAAGCACCACUCCCCUCAACCCUGAGCACACGGUCAUAACAAGCGGACACAGAUCCACUCUCACCUCAACCCAAGAUCCCUGCACCUCCACCCACCUGGGCUACUGCAUUCAUGGCUACUGCAAGUACAUGGAGGGUCUGAGAGAGCCAGUGUGCAUUUGUAUGAAGGGUUACGAUGGAGAGCGCUGUGGCAUCCAAACGUUGGAGUCAAUCAUACCUGAUCAGAGCUACAACACCGAGCUGGUGCAGACGGUUCUUGUGGUCAUUGCAGUCGUCCUUUCAGUCAUCAGCUGCUGCGCCAUCAUACUCAUGACUUGUGCUCAUUACAGGUCACAUAAAAACUUCCUGGCCUCCUACCUUGGAUCUGGGUCAGAGCAGGAGAAACUCCAGAAACCCAUGGGUGACGUCGUUGUUUGAGGGCAUCAAGUUACAAAGUGGCAGGUGGCAUAUUGAACAAGGAAAUGAGCCCAAGGACCCGAGAGAGUAGCAGAUGUUGUUCAAAUAUGCUCAAGUAGUUUAAUUUAUUUAGAGUGAAUAUUUAUUUCUCAUGAACUAUAAGUGUGUAUGUUGGAUUAGUAGUAUUACAAUGUCAUGUAUGAGUGAAUGCUGAGCAUUCUGCCUUUUAUUAUUUUGUAGGUUCUGUUUAUUUAUUUUGUUUAUUCUAUGUUUGAUAUAGGUCAAAAACUCUCAAAAUGUAAUCACCUCCUGAAAAAUGCUAGAAUUUCAUUCCAAAUAAAGUUUUUAAGUGUCA